AUGUCUGCGAUGGAGAUAGGAAUCCCGCAUGGUUCCGGGAAUUCUGCAGAUGUUGAUCGAGAGAUUCCCGACUCCAGAACCCUCUCUCACAUCGCUCGCAUUCAAAUGGGAAUGGGUUUCACUGAUGUGUUCAUUAAGGUCAUGCUGCGUGUAGAACCCUCAAUCGCAGGAUUCAAACUCGUAGGCAUGUGUGGGAGAGUACCGAACAUGCUAAUCAAGGGCGUUCUGGCUGCCGAACUCCCUGUGACACUGCUUGCAGUCGAAUGGCUCCUGUUCUGCAGGCACCUGAUUAGCAUCGCAUUUAAGGCCGCCUAA